AUAUGUACAAGGUACUUCGCAAUGUGUCUGAUGUUUUGAAGAAAACUUCAAUGUCGAGCUUAUUGAGUACUCUUCUGAUAUCGUCUGACGUCUCUGCUCCAUAUGGAAUGACAACUGUUAAGGUCCAUGUUUUCGGAAUGCGUUUUCAACCAUACUUAAUAUCAGUGUUGAUUUCGUUGAUGAAGUUCUUUGGGUAGUUGUUUUGCUUGAGAGUUUCAGUAAUGUUUGAUAUUUCUUCUUCUUUUUCUUUCUCAUCCUUUAUCAGAGAGUGUACUCGUCUAAGAAGACUUGAAACAAAUGAUACCUUUGAGCUGAUGGGCUGUGAUGAUCCAAAGUUGGGGUGGGUUUUCUUCCUGAAUAGAGAUAUACGAAAAUGUCUGUUUACCCUCCACUUAACUAGGCAGUCUAGAAAUGGUAGUUCACCGAUGUCUGAUUCUGCUUCAGAAGUAAAGUGGAUUGUGGGAGAUAGACUGUUUAUUUCCUCCAGGAAUGAACUGUUUAGAUCUCGUUUUAUAAUAAUGAAUAUCAUACACCCAAUGCACGAAUUUUUUCAAACUGUUAAAAGUGUACUUGGUUUGGACAUAUAUACGUCAGUAAAUUCUCUGAAAUUCACUCAUAGCCAUAAUUGUCAAUGAAAUUUAAAUUGAAGGUUGACAAAAAAGGCAGAACAAUUAGGUAGAAAAUGCUGGUUUCAAUGAACCAACACUACCAUAUAUACUCCCAUUAUGAUAUUAAAUCUUGUACUGCUUGAAAAUAACCUUUUUUGUUUUAACAAUUGUGAAAAUAUUUUUCAUUUUCAAAACAUGAACGAGAUUUUCGUUUCUUUCUGUAAAAGUUCAACAGGUCUCUAAGUCAAAAUUUGUUACAAAUUGAAACACUUCGAGAAUCAUUCAAAACUCACGAGUGCUAUAACGCUUUAAUAGUGUGAGAAUACCU